AUUUUUGCCGAUUCGGCUUCAGUUUUCCCUCCGUCUUGGUUUCGGUCUGACAGCUAAUAUUCCUUUACAAAUACUUGACUGUUGUAAACCUGGGUACGUAAAACGUUUCUUUCGAGCGGGACGCGAGUCAGAAAAAGGGUUACGUGAUCUGAAAAAGCCCGAAAUUGGAUUAACGUUAGCUCGCUAAGCUAACAGGCUAGCUUUCACUGGACUAGCUGUCUAGCCAGCGUUAGCUUACUAACGUCCACUUAAUCCGAGGUAGCGCCCAGCCUGAGGCUCCGGACGGAGACAGAGAGCUUCCAACAAACACGCUGCAGACGGAGUGCCGUGAACCACCGGAGACGCCGCGACUGGACUGAAUUAUUAGUGUUGUUUAUUAGCGAUAUUAGGGAUAAUGCGCCUGUAAGUCAGAUCCUUGGUCGCAUUCAAUGUGAUAGACUGAAGUUUAGACGUGUAGAAUUAGCUAGACCUCAUGGAGAGCCACUACCACCAACAACAACGCUAUGACUCCUCCGGUCAAGGGCGAGAGAACAAAGCGCACCGAAAAAAGGGGUUCGUGGUGGGGGCAGGAACUUCAUCUCACGGCGCCUAUGGGAGCGAGGAAGGCGAGAAGAAGCCUAAGUUCCCCUUAAACAUCCGAACCCUUACUGAUGAUGUGCUGGACAGGUUUGCGAGUAUCCGCAUCCCAGGCAGUAAGAAGGAGCGGCCAAACUUUUCCCACAUGACCAAGCACUCCACCGGCGACUGGUCUUCUUCCUUGGAGUUUGAGGAGCUCUCAUCCAAGAUCACCUCAGAGAAGGAGAUCCUUGCCCUCUUUGAGAAGAUGAUGGAGGAUAUGAACCUGAACGAGGACAAGAGAGUUCCACUCCGAGAGAAGGACUUGAGUACUAAGAGGGAGAUGGUGCUUCAGUACGUUGUUACAGCUGCUAAAACUGGAAGUCUGAAGAGCAGCAGCCAGAUAUCUCCUCAGGAGUUUCUCAGUGAGCUGAAAAGUGGAGCUACUGAUGAGAAGCUGUUUGCCUGUUUGGAUUCCCUCAGAGUGUCCCUCACCAGCAAUCCAGUCAGCUGGGUGCAGAGUUUCGGUCAUGAGGGACUGGGCCUUCUGCUGGAUAUACUGGAGAGACUCCUACUCAAAAAACACCAGGAUAAGGUUGAUAAGAAGAGUCAGCACAAAGUCAUCCAGUGCCUGAAGGCUUUCAUGAACAACAAGUAUGGGCUGGAGCGGAUCCUCGGGGAAGAGAAGAGUCUGGCACUGCUGGCCCGAGCGAUGGAUCCUUGUCAGCCUGCAAUGAUGACCGACGUCGUCAAACUGCUCUCUGCCAUCUGUAUUGUGGGAGAGGAGAACACGCUGGAGAAGGUCCUUGAAGCCAUCACCAGCGCAGGGGAAAGGCUGGAGAUGAAUCGCUUCAGUCCCAUAGUCCAGGGCCUUGCUGACCGCUCCGUCCAGCUUCAGGUGGCCUGUAUGCAGCUCAUCAACGCUCUUGUUACGUCUCCUGAUGAGCUGGACUUCAGGCUGCACAUCCGAAAUGAGUUUAUGCGCUGCGGCCUGCGAGAGAUAUUGCCGACUCUAGGUGCUAUCAAGAAUGAAGCUUUGGACAUCCAGCUGAAGGUGUUUGAGGAGCAUAAAGAGGAGGACAUGAUUGAAUUCUCUCACCGUCUGGAGGACAUUAAAGCUGAAUUUGACGAUGUAGGGGACGUUUUCAACAUGUUGUUCAGCGUGGUGAAGGACACGGCUGCGGAAGUCCAUUUCCUCUCCAUCCUGCAGCACCUGAUGCUCAUCAGGAAUGACUACUUUGUGCGGCCUCAGUACUUUAAGAUCAUAGAAGAGUGUGUUUCUCAAAUUGUCCUGCAUCGCAGUGGCACAGAUCCAGACUUCUCCUACCGCAAGCGCCUGGACGUGGACUUCAGCCACCUUUUAGAGGUGUGUGUAGAUAAAGCACGGGCAGAUGAAUAUGAGCAGAGAGCCUCAGAGUUGGCUCAAAAGUUUGAUGAAGAGCUGAUGGGCAGACAGGAUGCCAUGGCCCAGCUGCUGAAGAAGGAGGAGAAAAUCAGCGAGCUGGAGGCAGAGCUGCAGGCCUUUAGAUCUCAGUUUGGAGCAGUGCCGCUGGGCAUAUCUACAGUACAGUCUGUCCCAGCCUUGUCAUCUUCGUCAUCUUCAUCGUCUUUUCCGCCAGGCGCCCCUCCUCCACCCCCUGUUCCUGGAGGUCUGGCACUGCCACCCCCACCUCCUCCUCCGCCCCCACCAGGCUGUGCCGCCAUGCCCGGAGUGCCUCCUCCUCCUCCUUUUGGCAUCCCUCCCCCUCCUCCACCAGGUCUGGGGGGCCUGAUGUCCUCCCCCACCCACCACGUGCUGCCUUUUGGCCUUCGGCCCAAAAAGGAGUUCAAGCCUGAGACUACCAUGAAGCGCCUCAACUGGUCCAAGAUCCGACCUCAGGAGAUGUCCGAGAACUGUUUCUGGAUCAUAGUGAACGAAGACCGCUAUGAGGAUGAGGAUUUGUUAGGCCGCUUGGCUCUUACCUUUGGAUCACAGAGAAACGAGCCCAAAGUUUGUGAGGAGAGUGAGCCUGCGGAAGAGCUGCCUGCCUCCAUUCGACGAGACGAGGAGGAGCUGGAAGAGAAGAAAUCGGUGAAGAAACGAAUCAAAGAGCUGAAAGUGCUGGACCCAAAGAUAGCUCAGAACCUGUCCAUUUUCCUGGGUUCUUUCCGUAUGCCUUAUGAAGAAAUCAGGAGGAUGAUAAUGGAGGUAGAUGAGGAGCAGCUAACAGAACCUAUGAUCCAGAAUCUGGUGAAACACCUUCCUGAGCAGGAACAGCUGAAUGCAUUGGCCAAGUACAAGAAUGAAUAUGCCAGUCUGUCUGAACCUGAACAGUUUGGGGUUGUGAUGAGUGAUGUAAAGCGGCUGAGGCCCAGGCUGAACUCCAUUCUCUUUAAGCUGCAGUUUGAGGAGCAGGUGAGUCACCUGCGGCCAGACAUCCUAGCGGUGAAUGCGGCCUGUGAUGAGGUGAGGAAGAGCAAAGCCUUCAGCAAACUGCUGGAGCUGGUGCUGUUGAUGGGCAACUUCAUGAACGCUGGCUCGCGCAACGCCCAGUCCUUUGGCUUUGACCUCAGCUCCCUUUGCAAGCUGAAGGACACCAAGUCAGCUGAUCAGAAGUCCACUCUGCUGCACUUUCUUGCUGAGGUGUGUGAGGAGAAAUAUCCUGACGUUCUUAGAUUUGUGGACGACCUGCAACAUGUGGACAGAGCCAGUCGAGUGUCAGCGGAGAACCUGGAGAAGAGUCUGAGGCAGAUGGAGAAGCAGCUGCUGCAGCUGGAGAAAGAUCUAGACACCUUCAGCUCCCCCAACGACCAGCAAGACCUGUUCCACAGCAAGAUGGCUAGCUUCUCCAUGCAGGGAAGGGAGCAGUACCAGAAGCUGGUUAUCAUGCAUGGAAACAUGGGCACGCUGUACCAGAACAUGGUCGAGUUCUUCGCCAUCGAUCCUAAGAAGACCUCAGUGGAGGAGCUGUUCACAGACAUCAGCAACUUCAGAGCCAUGUUCGUGCAAGCGGUGAAGGAGAAUGGGCGGAGGCGGGAGGCGGAGGAGAAGCAGAGGAGAGCGAGGGCAGCCAAAGAGAAGGCAGAGCGUGAGAAGCAGGAGCGGCAGCAGAGGAAGAAAAGGCUGUUGGAAGUCAAUGCAGAAAAGGAUGAGACUGGAGUGAUGGACAGCCUGCUGGAAGCGCUGCAGUCUGGAGCUGCUUUCAGAGACCGCAGGAAAAGAGCACCUAGGCCCAGAGAUGAGCCACCUCAAACAGUCAGCCAAAGGCCAGUUCUGAAAGACUGCAACCAUGAAAACACGAGGGUACCUCUGCAAAGGUCACGGUCCCGGCAGAAUAUCAAUUUCAGCUCAACACGAGCCCCCACUGCCAGGGAGGCUCAUUACGAGAAAGAGGCCCAUCCAUCUGCAGCACGAAGAGCAGCCCCGGCCCACCGGCCGGACAGGGAACGAGAGAGGGAGCGGGAGCGUGCCAGAGAUCAGGAGAGCGAGAAAGAACAGACCCCGCCAGGGCGCUCGGCUAACGGGGACGCAGACGUGGAGGCUCUGCUUGCUCGACUCCGUGCCCUGUGACCUCACCUCCUCUCCUGACCUUUGUGUACAGUUACCAUGGAAACGGCCAGACCAAGCCCAAUUAAGCUGGCCAUCCCUCGCACUAAUGAAUGCCGUCAAGUAGCUCGCACACAAACACAAAAGUCUUAACAAUUAACCUUUCCUUUCACACGUCCCUGCCCUUUUCCUCUCGACAACUUGCGAGGGAGGAGAGUCAUUGUCCUGUGGCACUUACCAAAAGCUUUUAGAGCUCCAUUCAGUUCAGACGUCUUUGUUUAAAUGAGAGGGACUUUGAUGGUUGAGGGCGACCCCUCAGCCACACUUUCUGAGUUUAAUAAAAAACAGAAAGGCAUUUACAUUGAAAUUCGAGUUUAAAGAUAUUAAAAUCUAAAGGUAAAAGUGCGAAGUGGUACAGAGUUGUCAGAAUGACAAAAGUAGCUAGACUACAUGUUGGUCUUUAAGGCUACAGGGCCUUUGUCUUAAAUACAUAUGUGCACUUUCAAUAUAUUCUUUAUUCCAUGCAGACUCAUAAAACUAUAAUAUUUAUGGCUUUUUAUUUUCUAACUAGAACUGUUUUAGCUUUUAAAAUGGCUUAGCCUCACAUACAGUUAAAAUAUAUGACCAAACUAAUAAUGAAUAAUAAGGGCUGAGAGGUGUCACUUGGUAUUUCUGCAUAUUAAAUCUAAUUAAUCAUUUUUGUCAGCUUGUCAAAUUAAAUCAGCCUGUGUUGCUUUUGCAACCAAAGUCUGCUAUUUUUGUUGAUUUCUCAUAAGUAGAUGCUUAAGCCAGCAUAGCCAUCCAUUACUGCUUGUUCCACGCUAUGUAAGACCUUCAGAAAAUGAUUUUUAAACAAUGCAUGCCCAAAGUAACAGCAGUAAGCUUGGUUAACGUUUGAAAUUGAUCAAACAGUAACCUGAGUUUAGACAAACUGUAGCUUUAUAAUGCUCAAAAGUAUUUUUGGGACACCUCUAUCAUCAUUUGGUUUUUUAUAAUUAUUUAAUUAGUUAAUUCUGAUGGAUACUGUUCUUUACCGUUCUCAUUUCAGCUAUAACCUUCAGUCAAUCCUUGGGGUUCAACUGCACAAUAACAGAUUAGCAUAUUUUCACAUAACCAGGCAUUUUACUUCAAAACAAAUGUAGUGACACUAAUUGAAAUGCACAUGAUCUAAUCUGAGAUCUCCAGCGUUACUCCUGGAAAGCUGCCAUACAGCACAGCAAACCUGGUUUUAUUAAUAUUCUGAAAGAUAUUGCUUAGAAAACUAUCUGAAUAUAAAAAUAUCUGAAUCUGUCAAAAUAAUAUUGUAUCUUUGUUACAAAAUGUGUGAAAGAUUCACUUUACUGUCAUCCAUAAGAAGUGGUAUGCAACAAAACAAUGGCCUGAGAAAAAUACUAAAUAUAACCUACGUAAAGGAAAGUGACACCAGUCUUGAAGUAUUGACCUUACUUGAGCUUAUUGGGAUUGUUUUGGGUUUCAGUCAAUAAACCUGGUUAUUAUUGCUGGCUGUUCUAACUUCUCUGAUGGAUACAAAAGAAUGAAUGAUAACAUUAACUUGGAAAGUAAUACCUAAACAAGACGUAAAUUGUGUCCCAGGACUACUUUUGAGCACUGUAACGCACCUUUAACAGUUUUAAUUUCUUUAAAUCUACACUCUUUAAAUCAGUGUUCAUUGCCCUUUACUAACCACAGAAAGGCUUUGCUUACAUCACCAUGACAGGUUAAUGAAGGUAUGAAUUUCAUCGCCCAGCCCUAAUGUCAGCACCACAUUCUAGGUGGGUUUGUUAUUGUCAGUAUACUAUGAUAUCCUGCCCUAUGUUUGUAAAUGCGUAUGUAACCAAAAGAAUGGUUUUGUAUGUAUGUGUAUAUGCUAACACAGGUGAAUCUAUAUAUUCUUGCUCCUUUUGUACUCCUAAAGAGAAAAGUAGACAAAAAUGUAGUGGUAGAAGAUGUAGUGAUUGUUUCACCAGCAGAGCAUCAACUAUGCAAUAUACAAUAUACCUACUGUUUCCCGUUCUAGUGCUGUUAUUUGAAAAUGUCUCUCAAGAAAACGUCUUAUACCUUUUGUACAUUUUCUGUGUGAACAGACAUCAAAUUACCCGAGCAAUUCAGUGUAUGUUUCUUUUCAGUGUUCUUUCUUUUUUGUUGUUGUUUUUUUUCCUUGUAUUUCCUUCUAAGAUAGUAGAGCAUAUUGUGUAGCCUGGAACUUUUUAUCUCUCUUAAUCUUUGCUGUUCCUGUAUGCGCCGUCUUCUCUUUUGUUCUGUGUGAGUCUUGGAAUUUAAUUGACUAGUAUUUGCCGUUCUUGUCAACAUGAUGUCUUUCCUUCUCUUGUCAUCAUCUCAUCUACUUCUGGUCUGAUUAGCAUCUUGCUACAUUCAACAGUUUGGCUUUGAAUUCUGCAUGGUGUCAAGAGGCAGAUCACUGAUGGAAUUAUGUUGGGAUUUUUUGGCUUUUUUGCAACAGAAAUCUCAACGUUUUUCAUGCUUUUAGGUACCACAUCAUAUACUGAGUAGCUUGGGUUAAAGAAUGUGAUUCUUGUUAAGGAUUUGUAGUAUCAUUUGCAAUAAAGAAGCAGUAAAGUGUC